AUGGGUUUCUUCUGCCGCUUAUAAAGGAAUUAUGCAACAAUUUUCAUCUUUUCUUAUAUUGCUCAAAAUCUGUUCCAAUUCCCUUCUGCCAUCUAAAAACUGAGCAAGGGUGUAAUAUAAAUUCAUUUAAACUAUUUUUGCGAUUAUGAAGAUAACUUUCUAGCAGCCUUCCAUGAAAUUUGGAUUCAUCUAUAGUUUCUAACUUAAGCACAACUCAUGAGUGUUUGUAUAAAUUUUUCCUUUGAAAAACUUAUUAUUGCCUAAGGUCUUCCUUAUAAUUCUCUUGUAUUUAAAUUUUAAAUAACAACCAGUUAAGAUUUGGUUAGCACUUGCGUUGCCUAAAUUUAUCAAGAUGAGAGGAAAUUGGUAUCAUCUUUUCUUUCAUUAGUUUAUUGUCAUCAUUUUCUUUUUCUUUUUGCUACAAUUAAUUUAUUGAUAAGAAUUAGGAUAAAAUUAAAUACCAGCGUUUAUGAGAGUUUCAAAUAGCAAGCUGUUAUCACUUAUGAGAAAAAAGAAUCAAAUUUAAUAUGUAUAAUUUUGUGCUUAACUUAUUAUCAAAUUGAUUACCCCAGAUUGAUCAGUUUUGAAUCAUUAGUAUGUGGAGUUGCCAUCCAGUUUGAUUAUCUUCAAGAUACAUAAUUUAAAUAGAAUUAAAUUUGUAUCCCUUGA